AUGGAGACUCUUGAAAAGCCUUUGACUGAGCCUCAGAUCAGAUUUAUCUCCAGAGAAGUCCUUCAGGGUCUUGAAUUCCUUCAUGAGAAGCUGAUAAUCCACCGAGACAUGAAGGCUGGAAACAUCCUACUCACUCUUAAUAACGAAGUUAAACUUGCUGACUUUGGAGUUUCUGCCAAGUUAACGGAUGAAAAGCAAAAGCGAUCGACAUUCAUCGGGACACCUUACUGGAUGGCACCAGAAGUUAUCAAUUGUGAAACUUUUAAAGAUGCUCCUUAUAACUGGAAAGCAGAUAUAUGGUCUUUUGGUAUAACUCUAAUUGAACUUGCUCAAAAGAGACCACCUCAUAACGCUACUAAUCCAACACGUGUUUUGUUGAGAAUUCUGAAGUCUGACCCACCAACUUUAUCUAGACCACAAUUAUGGUCUUCAAAAUUCAAAACGUUCUUGGAGCGUACUCUACAAAAAGAUCCAAAUCAAAGACCCGAGUGUAGAGAUCUUCUCUUGGAUCCAUUUGUUUCUGAUGUGACGGAAAAUGAUCGUAAAGUAAUUCAAAUACUAUUAUGUGAAGUCAAUGCAGAUAUUAUUGAAACAGUUGAAGAUUUCGAUCCAAAUGAGCCUAUUGAUGAAAUUGACGAUAAUGAUUUGAAUCCACUUAUACUGUCAGAUUCUACGAAAUUAUCAAUUCCUGUUGAAAUCGUUUGUGAUGGUGAUGAUGAUGAUAAUGAUGUUGAUAAUGAUAAUAAUAAAAAUGAUCCAAUCGAUGAAGAACAUGAUAAUACAAAAAAUAAACAUGAAUCAAAUAAAAAUCUUAAACAAAUAAAUGAUAAUAGUGGUGAUAGUGGUGUUAGUCUUGAACAAACAACUUCUGAUAAUCAUUACGAAUUAACAAAACAAUCUGAUUCAAAUAACAAAAUGAAUGAUUAUAUAAUUGAUGAAAUAGUCGAUCAAUUAAUUACAGAUGUAAUCACUUCUGACACAAAAUCACCUUCAAUUACAUCAUGUGUAUUUGAACUUAUGCAUGAUAUACAUUCAACUGUUGUCAAAUCACCAUAUACUACUUCUAUUACUUCUAAUGCCACGACCAUCACCACUUCUGUUGUUCCUAAUUCUACUGCUAAAAUGGAACAUGUUGCUAAGGUAAAAGUUAAUAGUAAUGUUAACAAUCGUAUUCGGGAAACAAUUGUUCAUCCUAAGAAACAGUUGACUCCAUCAGAAACUAUUGAACAUAAAUCUCUUGUCGUCAAUGAUGGAUUGAAAGAUCCACUUUCAUCAUUGCCUUCAACAACUGAUUUUCAUGAUAAUAAUAAAUCGAAAAUGACUGUAUCUCCACUUAAACGUCAAAAUAGUGCUUAUCGUACAAGAACACGAACGCGUAGAUUUGUUAUUGAUGGUCAAACGAUUACUACAACAUCGAAACGCAUUGUAAACACUAAUUUAGAAGAUAAAAGGUUCUGUGAAGACGAACAAAUUAAACGUAAAGCUGCUUUACGUGCAUUCAGAAUAUUAGCCAAACAAGAAGCACAUCAAACACGUGAAUUGAAUGAACGUGCACAACAACAAAUUGAUAUAUUAGAGAAUAAAAUGAAUGCAGAAUUUUCAACAUUGACAAAAACCUAUGAUCAUAAAAUGGAAAUUGUUAUACGUAAUUAUAAAUUACAAAUGGAACGAUUAGAUAAAGAAUUCGAAGUGGAAAUGAAACGUAUUCGAUCAGAAACUUCUAAAGAAGAGCGUACAUUUAAAGAUCGUUUAAAAAGUGAAAUUGAUACAUAUGAUCGUGCUAUGCGUAAAGCUGCUAAACGUGAUCUUAAUAAAUAUGAUCAUAUUCAAUCAUCUAAUUAUGAUAUGAAAUCCAAUUCAUCAUUAACUUCAUUAAAAUCAAAUCAUUCCACUAAUAAUAAUAAUCAUAACAAUGAUCAUAAUAAUUCACUUGUUUCUCAACGUUUAACAUUGUUUCGUGAAAAUCAAGAAUCACGUAUGAAUAGUCGUAUUUAUGAUUUACAUAAUGAAUAUAAUAAACGUCGAAAUUUAAUACAUUCAGAAUAUUUAAAUGAAAUUCAUACAUUAAGAUUAAAUUUUGAAGAAGAUAAAUGGAGAACGGAACAUCGUUUUUUAUCUAUGAAACAUCAGUUGGAUAGAAAUCGUCAACUAGACUUAUUUAUGAUUAAACGUGAACAAUUAACUGGUCGAUCGGAACUUGAAUUAACGGAAUUGAAACAGACAAUCAACAUGGAACGAAGUAAACUUCAAGCCAUUCAUUCCAUAGAGAGAAAGAAUUGUAUAAAAUCUAUGAAGUCUGUUAACAAACGUAGUAUUCUGACAUUACAACGCCAAUCUAGAAUCAAUACCAUCCAAUUGAAUGAAGCUCAAAAGCGUAUGAAUGAAGAAUUAGAAUUGUUAGAAUCGAAACAUAAAGCUCAAACGGAUGAAUUAGAACAGAGUAUACAUUUUCGAUUACAAGAAUUAGAACAAAGUACCAUUGAGAAACGUAAUGCUUUAAUUGAUCAAGAGACUAAACGUUUAGAAGAAUUAGAUAAUCGACAUCAAAAUGAAAUGCGUAUCUAUUCAGAAUCUUUACCUCGAAUAAAAGCUUUAAUGAAAGAACAAUUUGCUCAAGAAUAUAAAGAAGAUUCUUUUAAAAUAAAUUAUAAUAAUUAUCGAUCAUAUAGUCCAAAAUCUCAUCGGCAUAGAUUACCAAUUCCUAUAUCAAGUUUAACAAAUCUACGUUGGGGUUCACUUUCGAAUUCGAAUACAAAAUUAAAUAAUCUAUUAGAAUCUCGACCAAGUCGAUUAAUUACAUUAUUCUCUUCAGAUUUGAAUCAUAAUAAGACAAGUUCAUCGGAUUCAAUGUGAAUUAUCAUACUAAAUAGCAUUAUAUGAUGUUAAUCAUUUUAAACUUAUUCAAUGAAUAUCUUAUUCACGCUUCUUUUAAUCCUGCGGUUGUGAUUAUUAUUACUUCACAAAUUAUAUAGAUAUAGAUAUAUAUUAAUGUACACGGAUAUAACUUUAUCAUCCUAUGCCUAAUUUAUAUGUUACCUUAUUCCACAUCAUGAAAUCUUCCACCAAUUUGAUCUUAACAGAGAGGAAAAAAUAAUCCUACUUUUAAAUGAUCCAAUUACUAUAGACACUAUUAUUAUUAUUAUUACUUGUAAAAAGCAAACAAGCAUCACUUCACGCUCAGAGUAUGUCUACGUCUACGUGUGUGUGUGUUUGUACGUG